AUGGGAAUGAGUGAGGCUAGAGUAGAAAAUAUCAUACUUAGAAAAAAAAAUUUAGUAGCAAGCGCAUCUAAUAUGUAUUAUUCGUAUGUCACACAUUUUGUUUACAGACUCGAUCAAUAUUUAUUAAAUGCGUACAAACAUGUGCUAUCACAGCGAACAAUCGACCCGAUUCUCAUUGGGAUAAAAAAAAUGAACGACAGAUAA